UGACGAAAACGAGGAUUAUUAAAGCACAUUUUUCUGGCCUACUGCCAUAAUUAUCACCCCUAAGUAAAACAUACAGUUAAUAGUUGAACAGUAACCCCGUGUGGCCAGUUAAAUGGCAAGCCACCUAUUGACAGUGACGAUAAUUUCUGAUUUUUGCUCUCCGAUUACCGACGAAGCAGGAAGACAGCACCGUAGAUAAACAUGAAGCAACCAGGAAGUGUUCCAACAAUUUAACCGUUGCUACUAGUGAUGUCUGUUCUGACUCUGCUGGUCUCCACCCUGGGAAAAGCGACAGGGCUCCUCACUGUCCUGGUUCUUGUCAUUGCAGCUGUCUUGAAUUAUUUCGACGACCCCGUUCCGGCUAAAUACACGAGCAUGGCCGAGGACCUGAAGACCCUGGAGGAGAACUUCAGGCAGCAAAACAGGAGCUGCUUUAUACUCGGUGCUUCUGGGGAAACCGGCAAGGCGUUGCUUCAGCAGCUGCUGGAGCGAAACAUCUUCUCCAAGAUCACUCUCAUUGGAAGGAGGCAGCUCACCUUUGAGGACAAAGCAUAUGAAAACGUGGUGCAAGAGGUGGUCGACUUUGAGAAGCUCGAUGACUAUGCAGCUGCCUUCCAGGGCCAUGAUGUCGGUUACUGUUGUUUGGGAACAACCAGAGCAAAAGCAGGAGCUGAUGGAUUUGUCCGUGUCGAUCAUGACUACGUUCUAAAAUCAGCCGAGCUCGCCAAAGCUGGAGGCAGCGCACAGUUCCACCUGGAGUCGUCCAGAGGAGCCAAUAAAGACAGCAGCUUUCUCUAUCUUAAAGUCAAGGGACAAGUGGAAGCAGAGAUUGAGGCACUGGGUUUUGACAGAUUUUCAAUUUACAGACCAGGGGUUCUGUUGGUGGACAGACAGGAGAGUCGACCUGGCGAGUGGCUGACGAGGAAGUUCUUCGGUGUCUUUUCCUCUACGUCCAUGUCCAUCCCAAUCGAAGCGGUGGCCAGAGCCAUGGUGUCCAACACUGUGCUUCAGGCGGAGCAGAAGACGGAGAUCCUGGAGAACAAAGCCAUCUCCACCCUGGGAAAAAGUGCAAAGAAAUGCGAGAAAUGAAUGUACCGAGGUCAGUCCAGCAGAUAUACAGAGAUGCCUGCAAACUGCAAUACUCAUCUUUAUCAUAUCAAAAGAUUUUCACAAAAAAAUGCAUGCCAAUUUUGCCAUGAAUUUUGCAAUAGUCUGGAAUCUUGAGGAUAUUUCCAUAAACCUGCAGACUUAUUUAUUAAGAAAACAGCGUGUCAUGCUAUCAGAUAAGUUUCCUCUUCAAACAACACUCAGGUUCAUUUUCUGUGGUUUUGCAUUUUAUUGUUUAUUUGUAAAUUUUAUCAUCAGAGGAUUAUCGCCAGACCUUCACCGUUUGUGCUGAUAAACUGAAUCACUGCCUUAAUGUCAAUGCUUCUGUUUUUUGUGUAUCACAUUAAAAUCUUGGAUGUUUUUUGAACAUGCUCAUUAAAUUAUAAUGCAUA